AUGAGCAAGACUGAGAAAACACAGAGCAUUAACGUUCAGUCAGAAGUUGAACCAACUUGGUCAAACACUCUGACCAACGAUUUGUAUGAUUUUAAUGAUCCAAACAACUACUUUUCCAACUACUUUGAUGAACACAACCCCAAAGGUGUUAGAAAACCAACUCCAGAUGAAUCAUCAUCGCUCAGGAGGGUUCUUGGACAUGCCCCAAAAGUAGCUUACCUUUUAUGUUUAGUUGAGUUGGCUGAAAGAGGUUCUUACUAUGGCCUUACUGGUUCCUUAAAUAAUUAUAUCCAGAGACCACUCCCCAAGGGCGGUAAAGCUACUGGAGCUGCACCAGCAAAUAGUGAGUUACAAGCAGGUGCUCUUGGAUUAGGUUUGAAAACUGCAUCUGCCGUGCACACCCUGUUGACAUUCAUUGCAUAUGUUGCACCCCUCUAUGGUGGAUUUGUUGCAGAUGCUCAAUUGGGAAAAUUCAAGGCAAUUUGGAUUGGCAUAAUUAUUGCUUUUAUUGGCCAUGUUUUGUUUGUGAUUGCGUCCAUCCCAACGGUUAUUCUGGGCGGGCAUGCUAUAGUUCCCACUGUAUUAGGGGUGGUAACUUUGGCGGUCGGUACAGGUUUUAUAAAACCUAAUUUGUUACCACUAUUAAUGGACCAAUACCCUUUCCAACAAGAUGUGGUUAAAAUAUUACCUUCCGGAGAAAAAGUUAUAAUUGACCGUCAAAAGUCUAUACAAAGAAUGGCUAUGGUGUUUUACUGGGCAAUCAAUAUUGGUGCAUUUUUUCUGGUUGCAACAUCUUAUAGCGCUAGGCGAAUUGGAUUCUAUCUAGCAUUUUUAUUACCAACAAUUUUGUUCAUGGUAUUACCAAUCGUGCUUCUAUUUUUACAACCAAGAGUUAAGAAAGCACCACCCGAAGGAAGUGUUCUUGUCAACUCUUGGAGAAUCAUUAAAGUUACUUUCAGUCGUGGGUGGUUAUCAAGAUGGAAGGGUAAUUCAUUAUGGGAAUUUGCUAGACCAGCGAAUAUACUUCAACGCUUAGAAAAACUGAAUAAACCAUCAAAAAUUGAAAUCUCUUGGGACGACCAAUGGGUGUUAAACGUGAGACAAACAGUUAAUGCAUGCUCCAUUUUUGCAUGGUAUCCAAUUUUCCUUAUUUGUGACAAUGGAAUUGGAUCUCUCCAAAGUUCCCAAGCAGGUACAAUGACUAGCAAAGGUGUCCCCAAUGACUUGUUCUACAAUUUUAAUGCGUUAACGAUUAUUGUAUUUAUGCCUUUUUUGGACUACAUUGUAUACCCCACAUUAAGAAAGAAUAAAAUCGAAUUUAGACCAGUUCAGAGAGUUUCUUUAGGAUUUGCAUUAGUUGCUUUGGCGCAAAUCAUUGGUGCGAUACUACAAUGGAGAAUUUACAAGACUCUGCCUUGUGGGUACAAUGCCACUUCCUGUCUGUAUAAGGGGAUUGUAUCCCCAAUCUCCGCUUGGACGGAAGUAAUUUUGUACGCCCUUCAAGGUAUGGGAGAGUCCUUCGCAAUGACAACUGGGUAUGAAUUGGCAUACAUGAGAGCCCCACCAAACUUGAAGGGUCUCGUUAUGGCCAUAUUCUUGUUUAUGUCUGCCAUAUAUUCCGCUAUAUCUCUUGCUGUAUCUGGGGCCCUACUGGACCCUCAUCUAAUUUGGCCAUUUGCAGGCAUUGGAAUUGCAGGAUUUUUGGCCUCGGGAGCAAUUCUAUUCAAAUAUAGAAACCUCCAUUUGGUUAUGGAAGAUGAGAGGAAGCUCAGAGAUGGGUAUAAUAAGAGUGACCACGAAAGAGGUCUUAAUGAUAUUGAACUUGUCGAUGAGAGAAAUUUGGAAGUAGUGACGUCUUUAAGGUCUGUCAAGUAG